AUGGCAGUGAGUGGUACCGGUAGCAGCGAUAACAGAAACACCAACACCAACAACAGCAAUAGUAAUAGUAAUAGUGGUAAUCCUUAUGUUUGUUUGUCAGCGCAUUGUGAUCUGCUGCACUUUGUGGGUUCAGUUCCGCAUCCCUACGGUGGGCCAACACCACAGACAAUUGCUGAUCGAACUUCACGAUACGUUCGUUUCUCUUGUGAGUCUCUCGAGAAGACACCAACAGUAGUCGUGAAGUGUGAACAUCCCCUCUUUUCCUCUGUUCCUAUUGAGAAGAAUUCAAACGGUGUGCCAUUUUUCCCUUUUAGUGGUGUUGGUUUGGCGCAAUGGGGAUUCCGUCACAACUUUGAUGUCUCAUCCUCAGACUCAAAGUCAGAGUUUAAAUUACAACAACAACAACAACAGCAGCAGCGGCAGAGUGAGGUUAAUGAUAGUUUUUCCCAUUCCCAAGAACCUCAUCAUGUAUCAGAGAAAAUUCCCAAUAAUAAUCUUAAUGAAGCCACAUCAUCCCUUCCAGUCUCAUCUGAAGUGGAGACUACUACUGUAGAAAGUGGGAUAUAUGGUGUUAUCAAUCCUUUUGCAUUGCGCCGUGUAAUUUUACAGGCGCUUUGUGUUCUUAAUCUCCCCAAGCGAAGUCCAGCAGUGGCCUUCACAUUUUGUGCACAUGACACGACUCCAUUUGGUGCUACAAAUUUUCUUAUACUUCCUCGUUGUGCUGAACAAAUACCAGCAUUGGCUAAUCCAGUGAAAGUAAAUCUUGUCGUCACGCGAGUUAACAAUGUCGAUGUACUUGGAUGCAACUUUCCCUCCUCAGACUUGCAGAAAAUGAAUGAGAUAAAAAAUGAUGGUAAUAUGUGUUCCUUGCCUUCUAUUUCAUCUCCGUUAUUUUUGCAAUGGGAAUUGAAAGAGGAUACCGCAGAGAAGUCUCAGAUUGAUGUAGAAACUGUUAAUUUGGGUUUAUUCCUUUCAAAAAUUAUGAUUUUUAAACUCUUUUAUACUUCUGCUGUAAAAUUUUCUGAAGGAACAGAAAAUAAGGAUGAUCGUGUACGGCGUGUCGUUAGCUGGACUCAACGUCGUUCUUUUCAUCUUUUGGCACUUAUUGCACAUUGCAUUUGGUGUGAAAAGGUAGGUUGGUACGUGAUGAAUAGUAUGAACAGUUCUGCAGGAGCAAAAACUACAUCUUCAAGGUUCAAUCAUUGUAGAGCCCAUCUAAAAUGGCGUAAUGAUGCUUCUUUUUCAAAUCCUAAUGAAAAGUGGGAAACCACUUUGAUUUUUUAUAGUGAUGCGUCUAGUGGUAAUGAUAACUGUUGUAAAUCAGAGAUGCAAUCGAAUUUAAUUACCCCCAGUUCAUCUGUGGUGUUACAUUUGACUGUUCGGGGAUGCGAUGAAGAGAUGUGUUGGGAUUGGUCUGGUCCAGUUCCUCGUGUAGUACGCGGUGGAUUGUGUAUACUCCACAAGUAG